AUGUUAGGCACAGACGUUGAGAUAUAUGCGAGCUACACGCCGGCUUUCACCUUGUCCGGCUUCGUUCUUUCUUCAAUGCUUUAUGCAGUACUAUCCGUUCAAGCCUUCGAAUACCCCAGGAAGUGCGCAGAGGACAGGACGGCCUUGAAGGUCUUCGUCGCCAUGAUAUUCCUACUUGCGACGUCUCAGCAAGCUCUUUUUGCUACUAUCGCGUGGUUCACACUAGUCAAGUCAGCUAAUCCAGAGUACUACGGGGUGCUUUCACGCACGGGAGAUGUGCUGUCCGUGCUUAGUACUUUCACUACCGUUAUGGUACAAAUAUUCUACGUCACGCGUACUAUCAGCCGGAUCUCGCUCGUGCUGUUCGUCCAUAGCUUACUUCCCCGUUGGCACGUCGAGAACGCUCUCAUCGUCAAGCUCAAUACGGUUGUCCAUGCGUUCAUGGCCGCCACAGACCUUCUUGCGCCGUUUAUAUUGUCCUGUCUGCUCGUCCGCGCGGGUAGUGGGACUCGGCGGUCCCUUAGGCUCACACGUCGCUUGGUACUCCUUCAAGCCAGCAGAGGAGUUUUCACGACGGCUGUACAAAUCCUAAUCGCUGUCGCACUCUCCGUAUCGCAAGAUAUUACAUUAUCCGACAUGCUGACUUUCACCAGUCCUAGUAUCCACGGUCUCUGCACCAGGCAAAACCUUCUCAACGAAGAUGAGACGAAUUCCAUCCCCCAUAUAUUCACGUUCACGGUCGAGCUAUCAAACAUACGCGCGGAUACCGAAGGGGGCGAGCGCAGUGACGGAAUGACGUCGAAGCAUCAACCCAACGAGAACUCGUCUAGCUCCUUCCUUGAGUAG